AUGAUCUAUUCAGCUGCUUUCUUAGUUGUGGCUAUCGUAGCCGUACAAGCUUUGCCUCCUCGAGUUCCAUGCGGGCCUGACGUUCCGCCACCAUACGUGGAACAGUCCUACACUUCUGCAAGCAGCCAAAGCAGUGCAAGUAGCAGCAGCAGUUCCAACAGCUAUGUGGCUAAACAAUAUGGCGGCACUUACUCUGGAUCCAGCAGUCAAAGCCAGAGUUCAUCAAAUGCAGCUAGCAGUGCUUAUGCUGAAAAAUACACGGUUAAAGGAAAAUACCCACCUGUGGUAGGACCUCCUGUGGUGGGUCCACCUGUAGUGGGUCCACCUGUAGUGGGACCCCCUGUGGUAGGACCACCUGUGGUAGGACCACCUGUAGUGGGACCUCCUGUGGUAGGACCACCUGUGAUAGGUCCACCAGUUGUAGGACCACCUUCAAGUGGCAGCGAUUCUGGAAGCAAUUCUAGUUCUGGAAGCUGGUCAAGUUCUGGGUCUAACUCCAACUCUGGCAGCAAUUCAGGAUCUGGCUCAAGCACAGGCGCGAGCAGCUGGACUGGAUCAGGCUCUAGUACAAACUCUGGAAGCAAUACUAAUUCCGGAUCUGGCACAUCUUCCGGCUCCAACACUUCAUCUGGCAGCUGGACCGGCUCUAGCAGUAACACAUCUUCCGGAUCUGGCACAAACUCCGGAUCUGGCACAUCUUCCGGCUCCAACACUUCAUCCGGCAGCUGGACCGGCUCUGGCAGUAACACAUCUUCCGGAUCUGGCACAAACUCCGGAUCUGGCACAUCUUCCGGCUCCAACACUUCAUCUGGCAGCUGGACCGGCUCUGGAAGCGACACAUCUUCCGGAUCUAAUACUGGAUCCGGAUCUGGCACAUCUUCCGGCUCCAACACAAGUUCUGGCAGCUAUACCGGCUCAGGAAGUAACACAUCUUCCGGAUCUGACACAAGCUCCGGAUCUGGCACAUCUUCCGGCUCCAACACUUCAUCUGGCAGCUGGACCGGCUCUGGCAGUAACACAUCUUCCGGAUCUGGCACAAACUCCGGAUCUGGCACAUCUUCUAGCUCAAACACCAGUUCUGGCAGUUAUACCGGCUCUGGCAGUAACACAUCUUCCGGAUCUGGCACAAACUCCGGAUCUGGCACAUCUUCCGGCUCCAACACUUCAUCUGGCAGCUGGACCGGCUCUGGAAGCGACACAUCUUCCGGAUCUAAUACUGGAUCCGGAUCUGGCACAUCUUCCGGCUCCAACACAAGUUCUGGCAGCUAUACCGGCUCAGGAAGUAACACAUCUUCCGGAUCUGACAGCGGAUCUGGUUCCAACACAUCUUCUAGCUCAAACACUGGCUCAGGAAGCUGGACCAGUUCCGGAAGCGACACAUCCUCAGGAUCCAACACUGGAUCCGGAUCUGGCACAUCUUCCGGCUCCAACACUUCAUCUGGCAGCUGGAUAGGCUCUGGCAGUAACACAUCUUCCGGAUCUGACUCCGGAUCUGGUUCCAAUACUUCUUCUGGCUCAAGCACUGGCUCCGGAAGUUGGACAAGUUCCGGAAGCAACACAUCUUCUGGAUCUAACACCGGCUCUGGAUCUGACACAUGUUCUGACUCAAAUACAGGCUCCGGAUCAAACACAUCUUCUGGCUCAAACACCAGUUCCGGCAGUUGGACCGGCUCUGGCAGUAACACAUCUUCCGGAUCUGACAGCGGGUCUGGUUCCAAUACUUCUUCUGGCUCAAGCACUGGCUCCGGAAGCUGGACCAGUUCCGGAAGUGACACAUCUUCCGGAUCUAACACUGGUUCCGGAUCUGGCACAUCUUCCGGCUCCAACACCAGUUCUGGCAGCUGGACUGGCUCUGGCAGUAACACAUCUUCUGGAUCAGGCACAAACUCCGGAUCUGGCACAUCUUCCGGCUCCAACACUUCAUCUGGCAGUAGCACAUCUUCCGGAUCUGACACAAGCUCCGGAUCUGGCACAUCUUCCGGCUCCAACACUUCAUCUGGCAGUAGCACAUCUUCCGGAUCUGACACAAGCUCCGGAUCUGGCACAUCUUCCGGCUCCAACACUUCAUCUGGCAGUAGCACAUCUUCCGGAUCUGACACAAGCUCCGGAUCUGGCACAUCUUCCGGCUCCAACACUUCAUCUGGCAGUAGCACAUCUUCCGGAUCUGGCACAAAUUCCGGAUCUGGCACUUCUUCCGGCUCCAACACCAGUUCUGGUAGCUGGACCGGCUCUGGCAGUAGCACAUCUUCCGGAUCUGACACAAACUCCGGGUCUGGUACUUCUUCCGGCUCCAACACUUCAUCUGGCAGUAGCACAUCUUCCGGAUCUGGCACAAAUUCCGGAUCUGGCACUUCUUCCGGCUCCAACACCAGUUCUGGUAGCUGGACCGGCUCUGGCAGUAGCACAUCUUCCGGAUCUGACACAAACUCCGGGUCUGGUACUUCUUCCGGCUCCAACACUUCAUCUGGCAGUAGCACAUCUUCCGGAUCUGACACAAACUCCGGGUCUGGUACUUCUUCCGGCUCCAACACUUCAUCUGGCAGCUGGACCGGCUCUGGCAGUAGCACAUCUUCCGGAUCUGACACAAACUCCGGGUCUGGUACUUCUUCCGGCUCCAACACUUCAUCUGGCAGCUGGACCGGCUCUGGCAGUAGCACAUCUUCCGGAUCUGACACAAGCUCCGGAUCUGGCACAUCUUCCGGCUCCAACACUUCAUCUGGCAGUAGCACAUCUUCCGGAUCUGACACAAGCUCCGGAUCUGGCACUUCUUCCGGCUCCAACACUUCAUCUGGCAGUAGCACAUCUUCCGGAUCUGACACAAGCUCCGGAUCUGGCACAUCUUCCGGCUCCAACACUUCAUCUGGCAGUAGCACAUCUUCCGGAUCUGACACAAGCUCCGGAUCUGGCACAUCUUCCGGCUCCAACACUUCAUCUGGCAGUAGCACAUCUUCCGGAUCUGACACAAGCUCCGGAUCUGGCACUUCUUCCGGCUCCAACACUUCAUCUGGCAGUAGCACAUCUUCCGGAUCUGACACAAGCUCCGGAUCUGGCACAUCUUCCGGCUCCAACACUUCAUCUGGCAGUAGCACAUCUUCCGGAUCUGACACAAGCUCCGGAUCUGGCACAUCUUCCGGCUCCAACACUUCAUCUGGCAGUAGCACAUCUUCCGGAUCUGACACAAGCUCCGGAUCUGGCACAUCUUCCGGCUCCAACACUUCAUCUGGCAGUAGCACAUCUUCCGGAUCUGACACAAACUCCGGGUCUGGUACUUCUUCCGGCUCCAACACUUCAUCUGGCAGUAGCACAUCUUCCGGAUCUGACACAAACUCCGGGUCUGGUACUUCUUCCGGCUCCAACACUUCAUCUGGCAGCUGGACCGGCUCUGGCAGUAGCACAUCUUCCGGAUCUGACACAAACUCCGGGUCUGGUACUUCUUCCGGCUCCAACACCAGUUCUGGCAGCUGGACCGGCUCUGGCAGUAGCACAUCUUCCGGAUCGGGCACAAACUCCGGAUCUGGCACAUCUUCCGGCUCCAACACUUCAUCUGGCAGCUGGACCGGCUCUGGAAGUGACACAUCAUCUGGAUCUAAUACCGGAUCUGGUUCAAAUACAGGUAUUACUUAG